UUGUAUUAGUAACGUAUUGCAUUGUUUCGCUAAAUAACAAUAUAAACACAUAAUAAUUAUAACAUUUUAUUGUUUGCCAUAAAGUAAAUUCGGGUUCACUUCGGGAUAAUUCUACAAAAGAAGAAAAUUAUUUCAACAUCAAUAUGGCCGACGGUAAUAUCCGAAAAUAUAGUGAACCCGCUCCAAUGGGAUAUUAUAUACAACAAACAGAAAUAAAGAGUACAAUGAGAAGAGCCCCAAUUAUGGCCGAAUUUAACAGUCCUGGUCCAGGAAAGUAUAUGUUGCCACCUACGCUCGGUAUCGUUGGUCAUGAUUUUACAAGAAGAAGAAAUCCUGCUUAUACUAUGGCGAACAGACACAAAUAUAAGACAGAAUUUAUCUCACCCGGACCAGCAGCUUAUGAUUUAAGAAAUAUGACUAGAUGGGGCCCAGCUGCCAAUUAUGCAUAUACAAUUUCUGGUUGGCCAGCGGCAUCUAAAAAGUAUGUAACCCCUGGUCCAUCAGAUUAUAGACCAGAAAAGUAUACUGAAUCUGUAUGGAGAUCAGCACCUAAAUAUACAAUGGGAAUGAAGACGAAAGGUUUCAGUCAAGAUAGAACACCAGGUCCAGCUGAUUAUUUAGUUCCAAGAGUUCCAGAAUUUUGGCCAUUAAGUUCUCACGGAAAUGCACCUAAAUUUACAUUUGGAAUUAAAGGACACGCAUUUUCUAUUGCUAAAAUACCAGGACCAUCAGAUUAUGCUACUGUAAAUCCAGAUAUUUAUUUGAAAAAAUCUCCUGCGUAUACUAUGGGUGAUCGUUCGAGUAUUCUUCAAGACUGGGGACCAAAACCGGGUCCUGCAGAUUAUUCUGUCAAUAAGGUAUGGAUUCACAAGAAAACUGCUCCUCGAUUCACCUUUGGCAUUCGUCAUAGUCCUUUUGUAGUGACUGUAAAUCAUUUGGAUCCAAAAUAAUUAGGUGAUUUUCAAAACGAAAUGUGUAAAUUUAUUGAAAAUAAAUUCUAUGAUUUAAUAUUAAUU